AUGCUGCACACCGUUGCGCGCGGCCUCGCGCUUUGCCUCGCCGUGGGCAGUCUGGCGCCGCAGGGCGUCGCGGCCGAUGCUCAACACGUCGAGCGCGACCGCCGCUCGCUCGCCGCUGGAACAUGGGCGCUCGAGACGCGCCAGUCGCUCGGCGACCUCAAGACGUGCACCGGCUGCAAGAGCAUCUUGCGCAUGGUCAAGAGCAUCCUCAAGGAGGGCAACGAGUCCUUCAUAGGGCUGGCCAAGCAUCUAUGCACAUCGGGCACUGGUUAUGAUGCCCAGUACUGCAACGGCACCAUCGAGCGUGAGGCGCCCCCCAUUGCCGACCUCUGCCGCAAGCUCGACGUCGACAGCAAGGCGGCCGCCGAGUUCUGCCAAACCUUUCUAGGCGUAUGCGAGUCGUCGCCCAUCGACCCCUGGGACGUGCCGUUCCCCUCGCGCCGGCCUUGCGACCAGUCCCGCGUGAAGCCCAGCACCAAGAAGCCCGUCCAGGUCAUUCACUACUCCGACAUCCACAUCGACCCGCUGUACGUCGAGGGCUCGAGCGCAAAGUGCGACAAGCCCACUUGCUGCCGGCUUUUCAACUCGGACGAGGUCCCCGGCAAGAACAAGUUCCCGGCCGGCCCCAACGGCGACCACAACUGCGACGUCCCUACUACCCUCGAGCAGAGCAUGUACAAGGCCAUCAAGGACAUGUUCCCUGACGCCAUCUUCAGCCUGUUCACCGGAGACAUCAUCGACCAUGGCCUGUUCAACACGUCCAAGGAGUACAAUGAACAGUCAAUCACGGACGCCUACACGAAGAUGAACGGCAGUGUCAAGCUCAUCUAUGGCACCGCCGGCAACCACGAGGCCCAUCCAGCCAACAUCUAUAACCCCAAGUCGGUCAGCAACGAUACCGCCUGGCUUUACGAGACGCUCGACGGCCAGUGGCAGCGCUGGAUCGGCAAGUCUGACGACGCCCGCUCCAUGGGCGCCUACUCGGUCAAGUAUCCUGGCGGCAAGCUGCGCGUCAUCUCGCUCAACACCAACAUGUACUACCGCUUCAACUUUGUGCUGUACCAAAAACUGGAGCGCGACCCCAACGGUCAGAUCGCCUGGCUCGUCGACGAGCUCGACGCCGCCGAGGCCGCUGGCGAGAGCGUCUACAUCCUCGGCCACAUGCCCCCCGGCGAGCACGACUGCCUACGCGACCAGAGCAACUACCUCGACCAAGUCUUCAACCGCUACCAGGGUACCAUCAAGGCCAUGUUCUUCGGCCACACUCACGUCGACCACUUUGAAAUCACCUAUAGCGACUACCAGAAUCGCAACGCGGACAACGCCGCCGUCGUGUCCUACAUCUGCCCCUCGCUGACACCUACGUCGGGCAUGCCGUCGUUCCGCGUCUACGAUGUCGAUCCGGACACGUUUGCCGUGCUCGACGCCACCACUUACAUAGCCAACAUGUCCGAACCCGGCUUCCAGAGCCGGUCCGGCCCGAAGUGGACCAAGUACUACUCGGCCCGCGAGGUCUACGGCCCAACUGCCAAACCCCCGCUCGCCGAGGGCGCCGAGCUGACGCCCGCCUUCUGGCACCGCGUGACCGACGCGCUGGAGGGCAACACGGAUCACUUUGACGCCUACAUGGCGCGCAAGAGCCGCGGCUGGCAGGCCGACAGCAAGUGCCGCGAUGACUGCAUGAAGCAGGAGAUCUGCCAGCUGCGCGCGGCCCGCAGCCAGGACAACUGCUUCAAGCCCAAGCCGGGCGUGCACUUUUCUAAGCGAGACGAUGAGCAUCACCACGGCCACAACCGCGGCGAGCACGACGAAUGCGGCGUGUCCGUCACCGGCGAGGUGCUGACCGCGAUGGCCAAGCGCGAGGACCUGCUCCAGCUGCUGCACGAGACGUUUGUGAAGGUCGGCGCCACGCUCGAGGACGAGCCCGAGAAGCCCGUCGAACGGCGUGCCGCCAGCGACACGGCCUCGGCCUCCAAGAGCGCAAAGGAAUCGGACUGCGUCGCCAAGACCACUGCUUCGGGCACGGCGGCGGGCUCGGCCUCGGGAACGGCGAGCACGGUGCCAUCGAGCACCGGCGGUGCGGCGGCACUGGGUGGUGCGGCUAUGAUGGCGGUCGGAGCAGCGGUCAUGGCCCUCUAA